UAUGCCUUCGGAUCUGUACAAUUUAAACUCAGCAUAUGGUUCUGAGGAGGAACUUAAACACUGCAUUGAAGAAAUGCAUUCUCAAGACCUUUUGGCCUUGGGAGAUGUUGUGCUGAAUCAUCGGUGUGCACAUAAACAGAGCCCAAAUGGUGUUUGGAACAUUUUUGGUGGCAAGCUUUCUUGGGGUCCUGAGGCAAUUGUUUGCGAUGAUCCAAAUUUUCAGGGUCGUGGAAACCCUUCUAGUGGUACCUUUUCAUUCAAUUGUUUAUUGAUGUAGUAAUUAUAAGUGCUUGACAUAGAAUGCCUUGCAGUAGCAUGCAUGUGGAUAUUUACAUGCAUACAUAUGCAUGUGUAUAUGUCUAAAUGUUAAUGUUCGAUAGAUGAAAAUGUCAAUAUGUCAUUAUUAAUUUUAAUAAUUAAGCUGGAAAUGAUUAACAUGUUAUAAUAGUUUUGAUGAUUAAGCUGGAAAAUGAGAGA